GCUGUAGAUGCUCUUAGCUUUGGAUCAACGCCCCCAAUAACGCCCCCCGCCCUCUCCCCCCGGCACAAUCCCGCCUCGUGCGGCGUCGCCGAACAUCGCCGCCGUUCCCAUUUCCUUGCUGUCCUGUCCGCUCUUGGACUUUGAUUUGUUUAUGAGGUAUGAGAUUUUUCGCCAUCACCUCCACAAAUUUCGAGUGCGCCGGUGCAGACCCGUCAUCAUGCCAUAUAGAUCCGCCCCUUAGAUGUAGAGUGCUUACAUAAGAGAGGACGGAGGGGCGCAAUUGAUUCUGUUUCUUACGGAUCCGAGUCUAGUUCCAACAAGGAUUCUAGUAGUAUAUUUAGAUUGCUUCGCAGGGAAAGGCCCGACCUUUUUGUCUUUGCAUCGGCGGAGACCAGGAGCGAUGGCGAGCGCAGGACUGAAGCUUGCUCCUCUGCCGCUCUCACCGCCCGCAAGCGCCCUGAGGCCGCCGGGGAGCCUUCCGAGGCGACCGACUGGUCCUCCCUCCCUCCGGACGUCAUCCGCAUCAUCGCCGAGCAACUGCUGGCGGAGGACGUGACGGAUUACAUGUGCUUCCGCGCUGUGUGCUCGCAUUGGCGUGCCUUCACCACCAGCCCCUGCGAUCUCACGCUGCAGGAAACCCGCUUCCGUCCUCGCGGCUGGGUCGCCCUCUGUGACGGCGACGGCGUACGCCCAGCUGAUGCCUGCGAGAUCACCCUCUUCCACACGUCCACCAGCAGGCGCCUCCAUGUCCGUCUGUCCGAGCUCCAGAACCACCGGAUCGUCGGCUUCACCUGAUGGCCUCCUCAUCCUGCUCAACAAGGGCACCACCGCUGUCCGUGUCCUGCAUCCAUUCACCCGUGUCUUCAUUGACCUCCCUCCCCUUGCGCCCAUCUUCCACCAUUUGGUUUGGAUGAAAGCCGCAGUCUGCCGGUCCCAUGCCUCGAUUGCCGUCGUUGCCUGGUUCUCGGUUGUGCCAGUGGUGGUCUACGCUGAACCUGGGAAGCCACAUUGGUCUGUCAUACACCAGGGUCUUGAGCUUUGGACUGCCUUACCAUUCCGAGGCAGACUGUUUGGCAUCAGAAAGGGGACAGGGGAGAUUGUGCAGGUGUACCCUCUGUUCCUGCAGCACCCAGUGGUUGCUCGUAUUCCCAGCUUGUUUGGUUGCCCUACAUUUUGUUACUACUACCUUGUGGAAUUCAGAGAAUACAUGCUCCUUGCUGUCCAGCAUCGUCGUGUUAGCCAGAGCAAGAAGGGGUGGCAGCCAUUCGCUUUUGCCCUCUUCCUGGUGAAUAUAAACCAAAGAGGACUGGUUCUGUUGAGUAGCCUAGGUGACCGGGCGCUCUUCCUUAGCAAAGACCGAUGCCUAUGUGUCUCUGCCACAAAACUCCCUUCUAUCAGCAGCAAUUCCAUCUACUUCUCGCUGCCCAACUUCGACCCUGGUGUAGUGUAUUCUCUAAGCAGCGGGACAUUCGAGCGGACAUCAACGCAUGCCCUCAUACAUGACCUGAAGGAGAGGGUUCGGCCCUCUGUGCGGCCCUUCACCCUGGCUGAUCAUCUGACGACAUAUUGCCACCAUCUUGAGUGGUCAAAGGGACUUAUGUUUCAUGAGUACUAUGUUAUACCUUUGUCUUGGAAGGAAAUGUUGAGAAAAAUUACGUUACAUGACUGUGAAAUUCAAGUUUCAUGUGUGUGUGAAGAGAACGAAGUGUGAAGUUUGACGUCAAAGAAAAAGAACCUGGGAAUAACAGGUAGUACAUAUUACUUAGUCUGUUGCUCAUUUAAAUAUCUGCCCAUGCCCUUAUCUUUCUAUUGUUAUUCCUUCCACGCCGGUUUGCUGAAAAUUAGAUAGUUUGCUGGCUCUAUGGGGUCAACUGACAAAUAUCAGUACAUUACUGAUGCCCUCCCAUAAAUCUAAAUAAUAAUAACCCGUGCUGUUUCUGCACAUACUUGUUGAUCAACUAAACACCUUGUUGAUCGACUAAACACCAGGGACAUGAUGGAAAGGCUUGAGUCCAGAGUUAACGGUGUUUUGUGCUCUUCGGCCACUGGGGAAGGCAGGGCACAUUUGUUUUUCAAUUGUGCUUUUUCCAGGGCUUGUUGGAGCUACCUCAAUAUUGUUGGAAAUAUGCCCUAGAGGCAAUAAUAAAAGCAUCAUUAUUAUA